UUUAUCUUUCCGUUUCGUUAGUUUCAGACUUUCCAGUUAGUUAUUAACGAAGCAGACACUGACACCGCAGAUCUCCUAUAGAAUCCUUUGUGAAAUCUUAAAGCUUUGAAACUUUCAACUUGGCAAGAAUGGAAUGGAGGCAAGAAAAUAACAAGUUGUCGUGGUUUCAAGCGUCUUUGUUCGCCAAAAUAUUGGAGGAUCCCCUCAAAGAAAUAAAUAUUCUUGGCGAAUGUAAUAACGGUCUUCGAGUAGCAAAAGCUCUGUCGGAUAUGCCAGUGCUUCUGGCUGCUAAAUAUAAAGUGGGAACAUCGGAGACCAAUGAGCUGCCUCGUGACAAUGUGAACCUUCAGAAUCUGGACUACAGCACCUAUAAAAUUAAAAAACUUGAAGCGGACAGAAAAUAUUUCACUGACACAAUAAUGGCUUGCUACUUACAUUUGAACCUUAAACAAGAUUUCACUGUGUUACUUGAAGAAAUACAAAAAUACAUCCAACUCAAUCAAGAUAGAAUCGACUUAUUUGAUGAAAAUGCUAAAAACAAACUGUUAAGGCGAGAUCUUUACAGGCAAAUACGACACCAACGUAACCAUAUAAAGACUUUUGCAUACGAUACCAAUAAUGUCAUCGAAAACUUAAAAAGAAAAGUACAAGAUUACAGCCUCAUGACUGAGAUUCAGUUGCGGUACGUGGAGAAAUGGCAGCAAGCUCGUAUAGAACAGAACGAUCGGACAAUUGAACUCGCAGAGUCUGAUCCAGCAGGGGUCAUAGAGUAUUACAAACAGCGGUACGAGCAGGACCAACGGGUUCAUGCUGAAAUAGAACUUUUGAUGAAUAUCCUUAUAAAUGAAACAUCUCAGAAAGUGGAAGAAUGGAUGAAUAAAUAUGAUAAAGAUAUAGAAGAUGUGGAUUUAAAAAUACAAUACAAGAAAAAUGAUUAUCAGAACAUACACGAGAAAAGAAUAGGACUUGAGCAAACGUUGGAGAAUCGUAAAUUUUUAACAAAAGAAUGGAUAGAAUUCAAAAAAGAACGCGAAAGACAUCGUGAAUACGUAGAAAAAAUGAAUCAAUCUGCUGUUAUCGUACAAGCUUGGUGGCGAGGACUUUUGGUCAGACAACAAUUGGGUCCAUAUAAAGUUAAUAAGAAAAAGGGCAAAAAGAAGAAAAAAUAAAAUUUUAGACCCAAAACAGAGAUUUAAUACUUAAAAGUUACAUAAGUACCUACUUAAUAAUGUUUUCGAUAAUUACUGAAACUUACCGAGUGAUUUUUUGAUCCAAGAAAAAUG